UUUGCUUGUUUGCUCUGGCCUCCAGUCAACAAUCAUCAAGACAAAUGCUAGUGCGCCAUCCUCGCAACCUCGUGCUUACCUUGUCAUCAACACAAAGUGCAAACCAAAGAUCGCAAACUCCCACAAAAACAGAACAAAUCACAACCAUGACUCCAAAGCGCGGCCUCCAACAUGACGACUCAGCCAUCACCGCCUUCACCGAUCUCAUCCAAAAGCUCACCGACAACGAAAAGAGAAGCAAAGCCAAGAUCGAAGAGUUGCAAGAGCAGAUGAAGAAGACGGACGAGAGACUUGAUAUUGUGGUUGAUGAACUCCAAACAUGCACUUUGCUUAUUCUCAGACUCAAGAGAACUCUUGCUGAGUUUGUGGAGGAGCAUUAUGAGUGAAGGGAGAGCGUUCGUCGGGGCUAGAGACAGAGAAGGCAGACGUGAAAACAGAGUGGAAGGCGCAUCGCGGAUCAGACACGCGUAAAGUCGCAAGCACGAUUCUUUCGAUACAAAACACUCCCUCAAAAACAUCUCUCAUCCAAUGA